GAAUCGGCAAGUGCGCUAGAGGGUUCGCCCGCCGGUAUGAAAAGCGGAGUCGAACGAUACAAACACCGCAAGCCAACGCCGACACCGCCAUUUUCCCCCUAUCAUGCCCUACUCCAGCAUAAAAUAGACCUCGCUUACCUGAGACUUUCCUGCCGCCAAAGUGUAUUUUCCUAUCCAAACCCCUCCCGACCCCUCCUGAAUUGCCGGUGCCCCGAGCCCAGAUUGUCGACAUGACGAACCGCUUUGAACAGCUCGUUAAGGAUAUCAAGGGCAUCUUAGGACCCUCAUCAGGGCUAACCUCUGACGAUGUGGACGUAGAAGACCUAACUCAUAUCAUGGAGAGGUACGUCUCCAACGAAGAGGAGUGGUCCCAUUAUGCGAUGGGAGAUGCGAGUAUGGCGUACACGCGAAACCUCGUCGACGAGGGGAACGGAAACGCGAAUCUGCUCGUACUUGUCUGGACGCCCGGGAAGGCCAGUCCGAUCCACGACCACGGCAACGCCCACUGCCUGAUGAAGAUCCUUCGCGGCGACCUCACCGAGACUCGGUACGACGUGCCCAGCGGAGAUGGAGAGAGCCCACCGAGGCUCAAGUCGGAAAAAGUCCACCAGGAGAACGCCGUGGCUUAUAUGGCAGACCAACUUGGACUCCAUCGCGUGUCCAACAAGGGAGGCGACUACGCUGUCUCCUUGCACUUAUAUACCCCGCCGAACGUGGCCAAGUACGGAUGCAACAUCUUCGACGAUAGCACAGGGAAGAAGACGCAUAUCGCCAAGUGCGGCAACUAUUCGGCCUAUGGCAAACGAGUAGAGGGUUAGAGUUCUUUCCCAGCUGUGACGUGACCACGAUCGGGGUGUCGG